CUGCUAAACUCUCUCAGUCAGCAGAAGUGAAAGAGAGAACAAACGGCCAAAGCAGCUGAGUUCAUAUUUGAAAAUAUUUCUAAAAGAACAGGUCAAAAAAAUGAAAUAAAUUUCAACCAAUGUGACCACAAUGUCGAAGCCACAAGAUAUAGUCCUUCGUGCAGGAGCUAAGAUAACAAAUAUAAGGUGUUAAGUUAACUAUUUGCAAACAGACAAAAGUCAACAGCUUGAUGCAAGACUGAUGAAGACGAACGGGCCGAAGAUUCCAAUUCCAACUAAAAGUAAAAAUGGCUGACUGGUACUGGUCCAUGUUUUCAAGUGAAUGAAUGAAAGUGCUAUACGAGCGAGACUAUGAGGUGCAAUUUCAAUUGAAUUUGCUCAGGAAUCUAUUACCUUGCAAUUCACCUACCAUAUUGACGAUAGGGAUUGGAAUCAUCGACAUCAUCAUCGACCUCAUAAAUUACUGAUUCUAUGAUUCAAGAAUAUAACCAACACAUCACUAUGCGUAUCAAAGCUCUAUAUGCUCUCUUAGUUUAACUUUAUGUGCUGGAAACUUGGCAGUCGAUUUGGAGUAAACGGCAGCGUAUUUAUCCAAGUUUACUGAAAUGGGAAAGAAAACUGUUAGUAUCAAGACCACCACUAAAAGUGGUGGACACUCAACGGUAAAAAAGCCAACCACAACUAAGUUAGCAAUUAAAAUGAAAAAAAUAUUACCUCAAAGUAAAGUAAAAGGAAAGACAAUCGUUAAAAAGUUGACAGCAACUAUCGCAAGCCCCACUAAAAAACUUCAGAAAGCAAAGACGAAAAAACCCAGCGCUUCUGCAAGUACCCCACCAACAUUUUCAAAGCCUAAGUCUCAUAAGAAGAAGCAACCGCAACAAACUGGAAAAUCCUUAUCAUCAACUUCCAUUAAAUCGACAAGCACAAACAAUAACUCUAGAAGCAUUCUUCCCAGCCCUGGGUGUAAAAUUAAUCCGCAUCAGCAAUCAGUUUCUUCGAAUUCCAGCUUAAGAGGCUCCACUCGAACUAAUAUUAAUGGAAAUUUGUCUCAUCCUGUUCGCAAAAAACCCAACAGCGACACCAACCCUGCUGGAUCUGGGAUUUCCAAGCCUACGUCUGACAAGUCCCUGUUAAAUGUUCGUCAUGAUGUCCAUAUACAUGGAUUUUCGUGCUUAUCUAAUACAGUUCAAAAAGCAACUCCACGGGUCAAAAACUUACUACUCAACGAGUGUGACUUUAUUAUGGAAUGUCGCUUUUGUCGAAAUCUGUUUCGAUCACUGCCCAACUUCAUACAACACAAAUUCAGCUUUUGCAAAAAUCUGUUUCACCCAGCUGCAGAGAGUGGAUGUUCACAAUUUAUCGGAAAUUCUAGCAAACCUUCAAGGGAUAUUGAUUUACAGUAUUACUUUGUGCCCUCGCCUGCAACGACAAAAAUAAUGCCAAGUUCUCCAAACGAAAAAACAUUAACCAACGGGUCAAGUGCUACUGUUGAGUGUAGUAAUAAUAUGACGAUGGAAUAUAAUACCACUUCAUCUUCUGUAGCAGCAGCAGGACAUGAUGAUAAUGAGGCUACGUCUGUUCAAAUUGGAGACACAGAAACAAGGUCUGCUGCGUCUUUGUAUAAAAAUAUUGAACAAUUGAACGAGGAACGCGAGACAGGUGGCAAUGGUGAAUUCGGGGCCGAGACAGUGAAAUUAGCAUUGCGCCCUGUUCCUGGAAGGAGUGAUUCGGUCAUGUUUCAAAAUAAAAUUGAAGCGGAUAGAUCUGUCUGUGAUUCGACAAAUAACGUGUUUGAUAAUCGAGAGGUUUUGGAUCGUGAUACCGCCAUGUUGGGACCUGAUGGGAAAGUAAUCUGCACAGGAACAGCCAGAGGGAUUGAAAAAAUUGUACGUCAUCUCACUGCUCAAAUUGAUUUAGCCCAACGGAAGAUGAUUGAGAAGAACAUUACGAAUCAAUUUACGGACAUUUGUGAUAUUUGUAAAACAGUGUUCAAUACGGAGAAGGCCUUACGACAACACCGCCGGGAUGCACCAGACUGCGUAAAACAGAGUUCUUCAAAAUAUUCCUCUGCAAUAGACACAGGAAAUAGUAUAAAUGAUGCUAUCGAACUUGAACACAAUGGAAGCAGCACAAAGCGCAAGUCGUUUCCAUUUAGAAAGACGCUUGACAAUCCUUCGAAUUGUCCUCAAGGCUUAUCUUUCACAGAGGAUGUACAAUUCCCUUGUUAUAUAUGUUCAAGAGUAUAUCAAUCACAACAAGACUAUUAUGACCAUUUUGUCGUUGAACGUUGUGGGCGUGUGAAGAGUAUUGCUGAUAGACCUCCAAGAAUUGGCAUAGAAGCUCAACAUUAUUACAAAAAAAUAUCCAAACCGAGAGAACCCUUCAAUACGACUAAGCCAACAGAGUUUGACAAUAUAGAACACAUGUUAACGAAGGAAGAUACUGUAACUGAUAGCGCUGUUGAUGUGAAUUGUAACAUCCCUGCGAAUUCUAGUAACAUAGAAUCUAAACUGAUGUAUCCUCUAUCAGCCGACAGUACUUCUAACCAACUUAAUGGAAUACGAAAACAAGACACGGCUAGUAAUAAUACAACAAAAUCGACUUGCAACGCAUCAUUAAAUCUGCAAAACAACGAUGCAUGCACUAACAAUGAUCACACAUACGUAUCAAAUAUUCAAACAGUUUCCUCGUUAGAAGAAUUUGAAGGGAAUCAAGAUCAGGAAACGGUUAGCGAUAUGACCGAUAGUGGUGUCAGCUCUGGCUCUGCAAACGGUACUAGUGAUGACCAGUUCGAAGUAGAUGGACAAGUUGUUGAAUCGUCAUCAUCAAUGGAUGCAGACUAUUUACUAACGGUAGGAGCCUCACCAACCGUUUUGAAUAGUUGCUCGUCAACCAAUCGACCGUCUAAGAGGAAAUCUUUGAAUAUGAUUGACGAUCGAGUCCUGGUACCCAAAAACAAAAAUUUGAAGCCUGGAAAUCUUGAAGCCGUUCAAAUGUUGAAACGAGUCAGUAUAAGGAAUCUAAGAAAGUCAAAAACCUUGAUAUGACAGUUUAAUUCUUGCGUUUAGACAAAAGCAACGGACUUGUACGUCUACUUUUUACAUGCAUCUGAUGAGAAAUUAUUGUUUAAGGACAUAUAACGCGUACACACCAACGACAACGCGCCUGAUAAUUAUCAACUAUACAUAGAUACAAAUUUUUACUACUGGUUGUGUAACUUAAUAUAUUAGUAUAAUGUUAAAUUUGUAAAUGAACUAUACGCACGCAAAGCAUCGGAAUACCUAGUAGAUAUCUAUGACCAAUGUUGAACCCAUCAUCGCAUGCAUAUGAGAUAUGUAUCUUACUUAAUAAGUGUUUUUAGUGUAUUCAAAAUUGAUAAAGCAAAGAUCGAACUCUUUUGAUACAUAUUUGGAGAUCUGAUCUGGGAAUAGAUAAGUUAUAUAUAAGUAAGUUCGAGUUACUAGUUUAGUAUAUUUCGUAUAUUUAUUAUUAUAUGAAUUCGUUAUACAAGUUUUAUUUAAUUCCUCAGAAUUAUUUAUUUAUUUAUCAUAUCUAGCAUCUACGGAGUUGAAGCAGAACAAUGUCGAUUAGACAUUAUUGCUAUGCAAUAAAAACGAUACACUACGAAAGCUACAAAGACAAAUAA